AGUCACGAAUGUUGAGGUAGGUAGGGCUGAAAACAUCACAGUACUGUACUGGGGAAAAAAUCCAGUGGGGUAAUCAGUGCCCCAGUGUUCCUUUGUUGGGUCUUGGGAUAAUAAUAAUAAUAUUAACUUAGCAAUGUUUCUUUUCUUGUGACAGUACUCAAGUUCUAUUUUGACUCAUAGAACAUUCGAGAAGCUUCAGGAAGCCGGAACCUAACCAAAAGCUUCUAGAAUGUUCCAUUGCGUUUAUAAAUACGCGAACAGACAUUGCCGGUCACAUUGUUAAUCAGAACUCAGAAAGCUAAACCUUAAAGUUCGUUAAAUUCGUGUUGUGAUUUUGUAAAUUUACUCUUGUGCAUAAAGAUGCCAGAAGACGUACAGAUGGAAGCCGGAGAGGUGGAGACUUUUGUCUUCCAGGCGGAAAUCGCCCAGUUAAUGUCAUUGAUCAUAAACACCUUCUACUCCAACAAAGAAAUCUUUCUUCGUGAAUUGAUUUCAAACUCUUCUGAUGCUUUGGACAAGAUCAGAUACGAAGGUCUCACUGAUGCCAGCAAAUUGGAAUCUGGAAAGGACCUGCAGAUUAAGAUCAUCCCAAACAAGAAUGAUAGAACACUCACCAUCAUUGAUACCGGAAUUGGUAUGACAAAGGCUGACCUUGUGAACAACCUGGGAACAAUCGCAAAAUCAGGAACAAAGGCGUUUAUGGAGGCUCUGCAGGCCGGCGCCGACAUCUCGAUGAUUGGUCAGUUUGGUGUGGGUUUCUACUCGGCCUACCUGGUGGCCGACAAGGUGACUGUGACGUCGAAGCACAACGACGAUGAGCAAUACCUGUGGGAGUCAUCCGCUGGAGGUUCGUUUACGGUCCGUCCAGACCACACGGAACCCCUUGGCCGCGGCACCAAGAUCGUGCUCUACAUCAAGGAGGACCAGGCCGAAUUCCUCGAGGAGCGCAAGAUCAAGGAGGUGGUGAAGAAGCACUCUCAGUUCAUCGGCUACCCCAUCAAGCUGCUGGUCGAGAAGGAGCGCGACAAGGAAUUGAGCGACGACGAGGCUGACGAGGAGGAGCAGGAGGAGAAGAAGAAGGAGGGUGAGGGUGACAAGGCCGAAGACGAGGAGGACAAGACACCAAAGAUCGAGGAUGUGGAAGAUGAGGGUGAGGAUGGCGAGAAGAAAAAGAAAAAGAAGAAGACUGUCAAGGAGAAGUAUACCGAGGAUGAGGAGCUAAACAAGACAAAGCCCAUCUGGACCAGGAACUCUGACGAUAUCGGUCAAGAGGAGUACGGCGAGUUCUACAAGUCGCUCACCAACGACUGGGAGGACCAUCUGGCUGUAAAGCACUUCUCUGUUGAAGGUCAACUCGAGUUCAGAGCUCUCUUGUUUGUGCCCCGUCGUGCCCCCUUCGACCUCUUUGAAAACAAGAAGCGCAAGAACAACAUCAAGCUGUAUGUGCGCAGAGUGUUCAUUAUGGACAACUGUGAAGACCUCAUCCCCGAGUACCUGAACUUCAUCAAGGGCGUAGUCGACAGCGAGGAUCUCCCACUCAACAUUUCUCGUGAGAUGCUCCAGCAGAACAAGAUUCUGAAAGUCAUUCGGAAGAAUUUGGUGAAGAAAUGUUUGGAACUAUUCGAGGAGUUGGCCGAGGACAAGGACAACUACAAGAAGUUCUAUGAACAGUUCAGCAAGAACCUGAAGCUGGGCAUCCACGAGGACAGCCAGAACAGGAAGAAGCUGUCUGACCUGUUGCGCUACCACACAUCAGCCUCAGGCGACGACAACUGCUCGCUCAAGGACUAUGUGGGCCGCAUGAAGGAGAACCAGAAGCACAUCUACUACAUCACUGGUGAGAGCAAGGACCAGGUGGCCAACUCGUCAUUUGUCGAGCUGGUGAAGAAGCGCGGCUUUGAGGUGGUGUACAUGACUGAACCCAUUGACGAGUAUGUCGUCCAGCAGAUGAAGGAAUAUGACGGCAAGCAGCUAGUGUCUGUCACCAAGGAAGGUCUCGAACUUCCCGAGGAUGAGGCUGAGAAGAAGAAGCGUGAGGAUGACAAGGCCAAGUUCGAGAACUUGUGCAAGGUGAUGAAGGACAUCUUGGACAAGAAGGUGGAGAAGGUGGUUGUGAGCAACAGGUUGGUUGAGUCGCCAUGCUGCAUAGUGACAUCACAGUACGGAUGGACGGCCAACAUGGAGCGCAUAAUGAAGGCACAGGCUCUGAGAGACACGUCCACCAUGGGAUACAUGGCCGCUAAGAAACAUCUGGAGAUUAACCCCGACCACUCGAUCAUAGACACCCUGCGCACCAAGGCUGAUGAGGACAAGAACGACAAGGCCGUCAAGGACUUGGUGAUGCUGCUGUUCGAGACGGCACUGCUCUCGUCGGGCUUUGCGCUCGAGGACCCCGGCGUGCACGCCGCGCGCAUCCACCGCAUGAUCAAGCUCGGCCUCUGCAUCGAGGAGGAUGACCCCGUUCCUCACGACGACGAGAAGGUGGAUGCCGAGAUGCCGCCCCUCGAAGGCGAAGCUUCUGAGGACGCCUCACGCAUGGAGGAAGUUGACUAAGACUGUUGAUGUGUUACAAAAGACUUGUACAUAAACCCUCGCAUUCCUUGUUAAUACGCGAUCGAUUACUAGUAUUCUUGAUUUAUAUAUAUAUAUAUAUACUACGAGGUAAGAUCUCUUGAUAAGAUUCGUAUUCGAUUAUUGUUAAACUACAUGUUUCGCACUGUUAUGUGUUCAAUUAUUUUGCUACCUAGUCGAUUAGCUUUUUCUGAAUUUUGUUUCACUCUGGAACUUUUUGUAUUAAUUAGAGAAUAAAACAUUCUCGGUUUUCUAAUAAA